CUGGCAGUGGGCACAGGCUCCCCGGUGCCCGCCCCUCCGCCGGGAGGGGGGCGCGAGCGGGCGGCCGGGGAGGGGCCGGCGCGGCCGCGGCAAAAUGAGCCUGCUGUCGGCCAUCGACACGAGCGCCGCCUCGGUGUACCAGCCGGCCCAGCUACUCAACUGGGUCUACCUGUCGCUGCAGGACACGCACCAGGCCAGCGCCUUCGAUGCCUUCCGGCCCGAGCCGACCGCCGGCGCCGCGCCCCCGGAGCUGGCCUUCGGCAAGGGCCGCCCGGAGCAGCUGGGCUCGCCUCUGCACUCCAGCUAUCUCAACAGCUUCCUGCAGCUUCAGCGCGGAGAGGCGCUGAGCAGCAGCGUGUACAAGAGCGCCUCACCCUAUGGCUCCCUCAACAACAUCGCUGACGGCUUGAGCUCCCUCACUGAGCACUUCUCUGACCUGACCCUCAGCUCCGAGGCCCGCAAGCCCAGCAAGCGGCCCCCACCCAAUUACCUGUGCCACCUGUGCUUCAACAAGGGCCACUACAUCAAGGACUGUCCCCAGGCACGCCCCAAAGGCGAGGGUCUGACACCGUACCAGGGCAAAAAGCGCUGCUUUGGCGAGUACAAGUGUCCCAAGUGCAAGAGAAAAUGGAUGAGCGGGAACUCCUGGGCCAACAUGGGGCAGGAGUGCAUCAAGUGCCACAUCAACGUGUACCCGCACAAGCAGAGACCCCUGGAGAAGCCUGACGGCCUGGACGUGUCCGACCAGAGCAAGGAGCACCCGCAGCACCUGUGUGAGAAGUGCAAGGUGCUGGGCUACUAUUGCCGCCGCGUGCAGUGACGCCAGCGCCCGCCACCUCCCCGAGCCGCUGAGGGGCCCGCACGGCCCGGGCCUCGCGUUUGCUGACAGUGUUACUCACACUGCUGUCCCCAGGCCCCCCUCUCCGGGAGGCCCUCUGGGCUGAGUAGCCUGCAUUGGUCACAAGUGCACUAAAUUACUGUGAAUCCCAAGGCUCCCAGGGGUUGUGUCCCCAAGGCCGGCCAGACCCCCCCUGCCCAGACCACCCUAUUUGCCUGUGUGCAAAGCCACUCUCAGAGAGCUCGUCUUUCAGUCCUGAGUGAGCAGCCACAGUGCGUGGGGAGUGGGCCUCUGUCCCCUGCCCACAGGAAGUCCCAAAUCCUGACCCCCUCUGAUGUCACCACAUUGAACCUGGGAGCUGCCCACCCUAGACCCAGGCUGAAGAGGUUAGAAGAUAGCACUGAGUGCUGGGCAGUGCUCCGAGAUGUGUCCUGGGGCUUCUGGGGGGCACCUCCAUGACCCUCCACACCCCUGGUAGCUGAGUCCUGUCAGCCUCAUUCCAGUCCCAUCCCCGUGAGGGGUCGUCAGGGCCGCAAGCCCCAGUUCAAAGGACACAGGCCUGGCCCGCUGGAGACGCGCUGUGCCACCUGGGGAGAAGAUGGCACAUCUUCAGCCUCAGUUUCCCCAUCAGCUAGGUGAGAGAGUGGCACUAGAGAACAGAAGUCCCUGAGAGCGCUGAUGUUCUAGGAGCAGGCUGGCCGGGUGCCUGUCCUGGAACAGCGCCUUUGUUUGGGGGUAUCCGCCCCCCCAGAUGUGGGUGACUCCUCCCAGGUACCCCUUACUCCACCCCUCUGCCCCCGAAUGGCCACUUAGGAAGCAGGGCUGAGGGAGGAAGAGUCCUCCCCUGCAGCUGCCUCAUCUGUUGUCCCCUUCCCCUGCCAAAAAAUGGACAAGGACCCCCCCGACACACAACCUAGCCCCUCACAGGGCUACCUGAAGACAAGCCAUGGAAUCUGUCGCAUGGAGAUGGGGACAGUGACUUCCUACCUCCCAGAGGAGCAGAGAGGCCUCGUGGCACGUCACACGGCCAGGGAGACCACAGUCCUGGUUGGCAGGAAGCACACACCCUCCUUUCUCCCCAGCGAGAAGCCCUAAUUCCGUUGUUCUUUUCUCACGGGGCAGGGACAGAACCAGCUGCCAGGAUUGGGUCGCUUGAUUUUGCCCCAACAUUCUGCCUCUGUGGGAAAACAAAACAAAACAAAAACAAAUCAGACCACAAAAUGGGCCUGAAAUCCAGUGUUUACCACGGCUCGAGGAUACUCGUUGCCUUUAGUUGGUGCCCGGUCGCCUUUAGUUUUCAAAUGAAAAUGCUUUGUGCAAGUGAGGAUUUACAGUAAAGUGCUCACCAAGGGUCCAGGGAAUGGGUAGUAGAGAUGGAGCGACCUGCAGCCAGGGGGGCUGCAGGGUAGAUUUGAGGGGCCCCACCCUCUGAGCGCUUAAAACAGGUGUGUUUGCAUGCCCCUAGCAUGCUGGCACCAGCCACACUGGGCACUGCCACUGGAGACUCCCCAGCCCAGCACUGCAUUGAAGCUGCAGAUGGCGUCAUCCUGCUGGGCCUCUGAAGAGAAUGCUCCCAGUGGCAGACAGUGCACUUGUCCACCUGGAGGACAAGCAGAGUAUGGGGACAUUCGGCCCAAGGAUGCCUGGGGUCUGCAGCUGGGCUGCAAAGGUGGGGGAAGCUCACACUGGAGAAAGAACCCAGGCUGCAGACCACAGAAAGCCAGGGCCAACAGGAAAUAGGACGGCACCCCUAAGUGACCUCCUCAGCGGGCAACAUGGCCCAGAGAUCCGUGCAGGUGGCCACUUCGCGGGUGGGCCCGAGGCAACCACUCCAUGCAACCCUGUUGCACUGUUGAGGCAUUCUCUCUCUGUAAUUAGCAGAAGACACCCCCGUCCAGGCUGUGUGCCGUGGGAGCUUAGUGCUCAGAGGGCCCAGGGGCCCAGAGAUAAGAGCGUGUGGUAUUAGCGUGUUCAAAAAGGGACAAUCGCCUGUGGUUAGCAGAUGUAGCCAGCUAGUUGAGAGAUCACAGUGUUUACCCCAUAUGAAGUAUUCGAUAGCUCUACUUGUGAAUUUGUAUUUAUUUUGAGUUAUACUUGACACAGAACUCCUUUUUUAAAAAACAAAAAUACUAUGUGUGUAUUUUGAGGGGAAAAAAUCCAUAGAUGUUAAAAUUUCUGCAUGGUUACCACUUUUUUUCACAACACUGAAUUUGGUAGCUUCUCCCUGUCCACCCCUCCCCCCACCCCAAAACUUCACAGUGAUUUCUGUCUGUAUAUAUUUGAGGGCCUUUUUUUUUUUAAAGAACAAAAAUCAAAGAAAAGUAGAAUUGAUUUUUUAAAAAUCAAAAACAAAAAGAGAAGCAUUCUCCAAACUUCAGAACUUUUAGGAGGGCAACACAAUAUCAAAGAUUUCUGGAAGUGUUUUUACAAAUCUUCUGGUUGAACUACAAGAAAAUAUUUAUGGUGAGAACUUUUUUUUCCUGUUACUAGGUUUGUUUGUUUGUUUUUUUAGUUUGUUUUUUUACUAUGCUUUGGUCUGUAAAAAGUAUGCAACUGAACUACAUUAAGAAGGAAAUAUUGUCUACAUAGAAUAUUAUAUGAAGUUGGUACAUAAUUCUGAUGAGAAAAAAACUUUGCAGAUCUUUAAAGCCAUGUUGCUGUUAUUCUGUAUUGUUUUCCUGGGAUGAAAAUAUCAGUAUUAAGUAGCCAGCAUAUUAUUCCAGUGUUUAGACUUAUUAAUGUGCUCUUGUCCUGUAUUUAUACAUAUGUGUAUUUUGGAAAGUACUGCUUUUUUAAAGGGGAGCUAUUAUUAGAUACAUAGCGAAAAAGGGAACGGUGACCCUCCACUGAGGAGAACCAGCGCAGCCUUGUAAUCUGUUUUCCUGCACCUUCUUAUUAUUACCUUGUUACUAUGGUUUUAUUAAUUUUGUAGGGGAGGGCAGGGAGGGGAUGAGUAGAAGAGGAAGCAUGAGAUGAACCAGCCCCUGGGCCAGCCAGCACGCCCAUGGAGAGAGGGGAGCCAGCCUCCCGUGACACCUGAGACUCUUCUACCUGAACCCCCAGGUUCUGCUCUUGAACUUGGAUCGGUCACCCAGAGCAUCUAAUAGACUUGAAUCUACUCUAAACACAUGUUUAACCUGACCUCAUUACAUUGUAGCCCAGUGCAGCAACUAACGCCGAAGGGAGAGGUGUCCCGGCCUUUGGAGAGGUGGCCCAGUGCUUCCCCCGACCCCUGGGGUUGGUGGCAGCUGGGAUCAUCGCUCUCAUGACCAGCUCUGGCUCCUGGACCUCCUCCACCCCGUGUGGUGACCCUGUCGUGUCCGUGAUGUCCGUGUGUGUGUCCAGCUAAAAGACAAACAGAACCCGUGGGCCCCUCUGGGAGGGUGCAUGGAGACAGCGCCUGGCUCCCCGCAGGGCAGCCCUCGGGAUGGCAUUCCAGUGUGUGCCUUAUUCCUGGAGACUGUAUACGCCUUGCCUUUGGAAAUAUAGCCUUUUCAUGCUAUAUUAAAAGAACUUUGCAAUGCGCA